AUGGAGAAACCAUCAGAAGAUUUCAUAGAUUUAGUUAUUAUAUUAGCAAGAGAAGAUCAACUUAAAGAAAGAAGAAGAGGUGCUUUUGAUACUGGCAAAUAUAUUUCAAGAAGAGAGAGAAAACUAGCAUUAAAAGAUUGUUGUAAGUCAUCACCUGAUGGUGUUGAUAGAGUAGUAUCAUGGUUACUCUAUUUAAUGGGCAAAGCUACUUUUGUAGUUCAGAUUAAAGAGAAAUCAGUACAGUUACUAAAUGGGUUAAUAGAAAAACUAGAUGAUGAUGUAUUUAUCGAAAGAUUAUCAGAUGAGAUGGUGGAUGUUGUCAAAGUUGAAACAAUCGAGUUGUUAAAGUCAACUCUUACAGAUACCUUUAGACAACAUUUGAUUGGUAUCAUUCAAUUAUUUGCUCUUUAUUUAUUACCUACAGGUCGUUGGGAUACAUUACAACAGUCAUUAGAGAUAAAUGAACAUCAAAAAGAAGAAGCAUCAUCACCAUCAUCAUCAUUGUUGGCAACAAAAAAUUAUAUGAGAAUGGUAAAACUAGAUAUGUUGGUCAAGUUGAUCAAUUCUGGUUAUUUUCAAGGUAGAUUGACUGAUGAGAAUUAUAGAGCAUCCAUCCCCGGUCUAUUACUCAUACUCUCUGGGAUGGAUGGCAUUGUUGAUGGAAAAUUAAUGGUAAAGCUCGUUGACAGACUUAAAAAUAUCUUUCUCGAUCGUCCGUCAUUGAUAGAGGAAUUCAUCCAGCAGAUCAUUGACACGUUGAUCAAGUUGUUGGAUGUAAAUAGUGAAAUGGGGUUCGCAUCCAAAAAAGUCAAGGGUAGGGUCAUUGACUACUUGUUGUUCAUUGUCGAGAAUCAUCCUCUAGAGUUUACAGACAGUCACCUUGAAAGAAUCAUCAAUCAUUUGUACGAGUGGGUGUGUCAAGUCGAUGGCGUGUCAUUGGAAGUGUGGACAAAUAGAUACUACAACUCUAGCAAUUUUAAGAACCCAAAUAUAGAUGAAGAGAAAGAUAUCGGCAUUAUCUCUGACAGUCAUUGUGACGACCAAAAUCAAAUGCUGGUUGAUGCUGAUUUAGUUUUUCUUCGAUUCAUGCGUGCAGUUGGUGAUCGUGUAGAAGAACUAAAUUUUCACCGAUUCAGCACCCAUUUAAACUCUCAACAGUGGAACCAAAGAUAUGCAUCUUUAAUUAGUUUAUCAACCAUUCCAAAAUAUCUAUCUACAACAAAAAAUAACAUUCAAUUUAUAUUAAAGACAUUAUUAAAAUUAGCUUAUGAUGACAGUAUCCAAGUUAGAUGGGCAUCACUACAUUGUUUAAUUCAACUAUUUCUUGAAUAUGGCCCAAAGAUUUUUGGAUCACGAGAAGAAUUAUAUCGAGUUAUUAGAGAUUCGGUUCAGAAUUCAAAUGGACGUAUUCAAAGUUGUUGUUGUCUGUUGAUUCAAACAAUAGCAGUUUCAUUGGGAAAUGACAUGAUUACUGAUAAUGAUUUAAGUGAAAUAACUAGUUCAUUGGAAAUACUACUUCAAUCACCAUUAGUAAUUGUAGUUGAACGGGCAAUGGUAUCAUUAAUGUCGAUCAUCUCUAUAUUUAACAAAAGAUCAGGACCUUAUUUUGAUGCCAAUGUUACAAAUUUAAUAUGGAUAUUGAAAAACCAUCAAAUUCUUUCCAAAAAGGAAUCAAGAUUAUUACGUUGGCGUGCAGUCAAAGCAUUUGCAAUGUAUGUCCAAUUGAUGGACAAAAAGACACUUUCACAAUAUAUGGACUGGUUUAUGGCAUUUGUUAAAGAGAAUCAAGGGUCGUUGGAUUUGGGUGUCGAUGUUUUAAGAUUAUCACAUUUGUUUGUUCAUUUAAUUGGUCAACAGUCAUUUACAGAGGUUUUAUCAAGGAUCUUCAAGAUGAUUAUCACUGUACUAGAGACACCAUUACCAACUAGACAAGAGGACAUGACCGAAUCAUCAAUACAAGAUGUUAAUAGAAUAGUGGUGGCACUCAAGUCUUUGUACACCGUUUUAUAUAACGACGAUCAAUCGGUUAAUGAAUUUUUGGCACCAUUCAUAGAUAGAUUGGUUGGAUCAUUGUGCCAAUUGGCUAAUUGUCCAGUCAGCAAGGAUAUUCAAUUGUGUUCAUUUCGCUGUUUACCCCUCUGUGUGGGACUGGUCGAGAUGCAAUAUAGUAGUGACAAGAAAAUCGAGAUGUUUGGUAUGAUACUCGAUUGUGUACUCAUUUUGUGUCCACUAGAGACUGAUUGGAGAAUGUUGGAGCGUCGAGUUUACACUGUAACCAAGCUCAUCACACAGACGGACAAUGACAUGACAUUGGAUCAGAUCAAAUCAACAAUGACUAUGUUUUUAGAGUUGGACAAAAGAAUGAACAAAGUAGCUCAGAAGGAUAUCUUGGACAGAUCUUGUAUGAUACUGCGAGACAUUGGAGCAGCUGAUAUCGUCAAGGCAAAUAUCAUACAUUUUAUGCGUCUUUUUGUUACAAAACGAAAGUAUGGUGGUGAGUAUGCUGUCAAGGCAUUCCCACAGAUCAUACCAACUAUUAUCGAAUGUUUGACAAUCGAUUAUACCGAUGAUGUGAAGGAAUACGCUACCUAUGCACUAGAAGACAUAGCACAACUUACCCUGGAUAGAUUCUCACCAUUUGCCAUGGAUGCGUUACUGGCCAUCGACAACAUGAUCUCUAUACCAUCAUCAUCGUCGUUAGAGUUCCAAGAACAUGCCAUCUCAGUUAUAGGUACUAUCAUCCGACAUGUGCCACUUACUACCAGCAAUCUCAAUGACAUCAUUCCAAAAUGGUUCAAUCAUCUAGAUCACAUCGAUGACAAGUAUGAGAUUGAAAUUAUCGUUGAUGAUUUAUGUGCCAUUAUUCAUCACUACCCCAACGAAUGUCUCGGUAAUGAAUACCAACAUGUUGACAAGUUACACCAAAUCAUAGAAUACUAUAUAACCAAACAACAACAACAAGAAUUACUCACCGAUACAUUAACAUUUAUCAAAGAAUCAAUCAAAUCGAAUUGGAAUAAUGUUCCAGAAGAAAAGAGGGAUGGAUAUUAUGGUAUUUUAAAAUAUAACACCAAUUCUAUAUAUGUACUAUUGGUAAAACAUCAGGUUCUAGCAACAAAAGAAACAAGAUUAUUACGUAGUCGUGUAAUCAAGGCAUUUGCAAGUGAUUGGCAAGAAAAUGUUUUUAGAGCAUCGGGUGUAUUCAUUAAAGAAUACCGUCAAUCAUUUGCAGUGUAUUUACCAAUGAUAGUCAAGAAUAUCGUCCAAAUACUAGAAGCACCAUUACCAAAUCUACAAGAAGAAAUGACUGAAUCAUCAGAACAACAUGUCAAGAGAUUAGUGUUGGCAAUCAAGGCUUUGGAACUCUCAUUUUUAAACCCAAAAUCUCACAAUGAUGGUGAUAGUGUCACUCCAUAUCACCCAUUUGGACGAUUUAUUCAUAGAUAUCAUCAAUUAAUUGAUCACCACGCCGCCAUCACCGUACCACUCAUUGCCCAAGAUCUAUUGGAUAGAUCAUGCCAUAAACUGCAAGACACUGAAGAAAGUGAUACUGCCAAAGGUAGCAUACUAUAUUUUUUGACAGAGUACUUGCAGCAUGGUGGUGAGUCGACCAUCAACACAUUCCCACAGAUCAUACCAACUCUUAUCCACUUUCACUGUGUCAUUUGUAUUAGCAUUAUGGAUCGAUUUAUAGAGAUUAUUGUCGAUCUAGUAAAAGAAGAUCAAGAGAAACAAGACGAAACUGAAAACAAUAGAAAUGGCAAUAAUAAGAGAGUAGCAGCUAGAGGAUUGUUCAAAGAAUAUGUGUUAUCAAUACCUGAUAAUGUAGUAUCAUGGUUAUUAUACUUAAUGAUAAAUGGUCCCUGUACAACUAUUAAAGCGAAAACAGUACAACUCUUGGACAGAUUGUUGAUUAAAAAAGGAAAAGAGUUUAUUGGAUCAUUGUCAGAGGACACAUUAUCUGAAGCCAAGGUUAAAACAGUCGAGUUGUUCAAGACAGAUCUCACCGAAACCUUUAGACAUCAUUUGAAUAGUAUCAUUGGAAUUUUUGUCACUGAUUUUAUUCCUAGAGGAUAUUGGGUAGAAUUGGAAACAGCAAUCGACUCGAUUAUCAAAGAAGCAGGAGAAGGUUCAAAAAUACUAGAAAAUGCAAGAGGAUUGGUGUCAUUGUUAUCAAAGCAAGCUGUAGAAUUUAAAACAGAAAUUCAACAGAACAUGAUCAAGAUGUUGAAGCCUGAUGUUUUUAAAAGUUUGACAGAUGAACAAAAGAGAGUGGGAAUGGCUAUGUUAUCAUCAAUACUCUCUGAUAUGGAUGAGAUUGAAGAAAGAAAGUUUAUUCUAAAUAUUAUCAACUCUCUUAAAAAUCUCAAAGAUUUACCUAAACAGUCUGUUUCAUCAAUCAUUGACACUUUGAUCGGGGUGCUGGAUAGAAACAUUGGAAAGGGUUUCAAGGACAAAGACACAAAAAGAAUAUUCAUUGACUAUUUUUUGGAACUGAUCAAGCACUAUCAUUCAAUCUUUACUGGCAUUCAAGUUGGUAGAAUCAUGGUUCAUUUGGUCGAGUGGUUGACCCAAGAAGAGGAAAUGGUAUUGAAAGAUUGGACGGAUACCAAUUCCAAGGUUGAUAAUGACUAUAGCGUUUACCACUUUAACUAUCAUCAAGUACAAAAAAAUGACAUUUUCCUAGAGUAUCCAGUCUUCAAUAACAAUCCAGACGAUACACUUUUGGAUAAAAAAGUUGAAGACUUUGUUUUAAAUUUAAUAUUAAACCAAGUUAAAAAAUCUGUUGAAGAUGAAAAUUCACAAGUGAGAUGGGGUUCACUCCAAUGUUUAAUUCGAAUCACUGUUGAAUUUCGAAAUUGGAGAAUUGAAAAAAGAGAAGAAAUAUUGCAAUUGAUUGAAAGAUCUAUUCAAAAUGAUCGAAACGAACGUAAUCAACAUCGUUGUUGUUAG